AUGAAGAAGAUUUUUUUAAUUGACUGUCCAGGAAUUGUACCUCCAUCUCUGAAAGACUCCGAAUCAGACAUUCUCUUCAGAGGUGUGGUUAGAGUCGAGCAUGUUUCAAACCCCGAACAGUACAUUGGAGAUAUGUUACAAAAGUGUGAACGGAAACAUUUGGAAAGAACAUACGAGAUCAAAGGAUGGUCCAGGUUUGAAGAUGAUAAGAGUUUGGUUGAAAAAGCCAGUAUAGAGUUCAUCGAGUUACUUGCAAGAAAGCUCGGCAGAUUACUCAAAGGAGGAGAACCAGACGAGAGUGGAGUUGCAAAACAGGUUCUUAACGAUUUCAACAGAGGUAAAAUUCCUUGGUUUGUACCUCCACCAAAGGAUGAAGAAACGAGGACUGGAGAGGAUAAGAAAGCCGAUUAUAAGAAGAAGAGAGCAGAGCGAGAGGCGUCCAAAAUUGCUGCUGCUACCGACGAGGUUGCUGCAGAAGAUGACGAAUGGCAAGGCAUUGAAGAAUAG